UACAUUGUUUGUAACGAGAGUAGCAACCUUAACACAUAUUUUAAUUAGAAAACAUCGAUGGAUUCUGCAUCAAAGUUCUUUGUAAUGUCCACCAAGGAACAUAGUUUUAGUUUUUCCUGGCCUUAGUUAGUAUCUCCUACCUAAUUUUCCUCGAGAUCAUAAUUAUUCCAACUCUGCAAAUGCAACUGCAAUGACGAGUCGAGCAAUCUCUCGCUCCACUUCCGAUCCAUUUCUCUCCACCGCCGCCGCUGCAUCUUCCAGGGCUCGUGUUCUUGCUUCUAAUCGCUCUACUUGCUCGGGUUCUCGGUCGUCCACCAAGUCUGUAUACUGGCUUGCGUGGAGCAAUGCGUCCAAGCUUAACAGUCUUAUCAGGAUCGGUAAGAAGGGCAGGGAUUCGCCGUCUUCUAAGCAUUCAGACUUAACUGAGGAGAGCCUUGAAGCUCAUAACAGAAGACAAGAAGAGAGAGCUGCUUUUAUCUUCCAAAGAGAGAAUGUGGAUGAUAAGAAUGCUAAGUGCAGCCCUUACUACAAAGGGCUUACUGAUUAUUCCCUUAUCAUUAACCGGGAAAAGCAUCAGUAUUUGCCUCAUCAGUCUUCUAGCCCUGGACGUGAAAGUCAUGCUACGACUGUUGCUACUUCCUCGUCUAUUUCUUCUUUCAUGCUCACCAAAAUGCAAGAAUGGAGUUCUUGCUUUUCUUCCUUUAAGUCUUCCGAUAAAGACGAGCAAUAUAGUGCUCCGGUUCCUGUUGCCGCCCCACCGCCUCCUCCUACUCAUCCUCCUGUUCCUGCUCCUUAUUUUGCUCCUCCUCCUCCUCCUAUUCCUGCCAGUUAUACCGUUGCCAUCGACCAAGACCAUCCUUGUUGCUCUACCAACUCUACAGCACCCAAAAUGCCAUUGAAGAGGAAGGAGACCGAUAAGGAUGAUGAUUUAUUGAUCAUCAACGAGGAGAAGCCAUUGAGGGAGAGAGUAUCAAUAUCAGAAUCCAAAUCGCCGCCGCCGCCGGAACCUCUGCAACCAGCUAGUAAUGUUGACGAGAAGGACGAGACAGUCAUUGACAUGUUGGUUGAAAGAGAGUUCACAUGGGCAGACAAGUACCGGCCAAAGACUUUGGAAGCUUUUAUCUGCAAUCAAUCUACAGCGGCCAAGGUGCAGGGUCUGAUAAAGGGGAUAGAAUGUAACCAUUUCAUAUUUGAAGGAUCCCCUGGUGUGGGAAAAAGAACCAUGAUCCGGGCUAUGAUUCAAGAAGCAUAUGGACCUGAAACAGUACAGACCAGGGAAGAGAGCAAGGCAUUCAGAUUGAGGGGAGAAUCAAUUGGUAGCAUAGAAGUAAGAAUAAAGGUAUCUUCUCAACAUAUUGAAGUCAAUCUUUCUGAUAUGAAAGGGUACGAGAAGCAUAUCGUUGUCGAACUUAUCAAAGAAACGGAUGACAAGAAGUCCAGGAACUAUCUGCCCAAGCAUGACAGUUGCCGAGCAAUCAUCUUGUACAAUGCAGACAGGCUAUCUGCAGAUGCUGUCCUGUAUAUUAAGUGGCUAUUAGAAAGGUAUCAAGGGUCCAGUAAGUUUUUCUUCUGCUGCUCGGAUGUCUCCAAGCUUCAGGCAAUUAAAGAACUCUGCAACCUUGUUCAGCUUUUCAUGCCAUCGAAUGAUGAGAUUGUUAAAGUCUUAAAAUUCAUAGCCAAACAAGAAGGCAUAGAAUUGCCUUUCCAAUUUGCUGAAAGGAUUGCUCUAGAGUCAAAAAAUAAUCUCCGGCAAGCCAUUAGAUCCUUAGAGGCUUCCUGGCGGAGAAGUUAUCCCUUCGCAGAAGAUCAAGAAAUUUUGACUGGAUGGGAAGAUGACAUUGCUAACAUUGCUAAGAACAUGAUCCAAGAACAAAGUCCAAAACAGCUAUAUAUUAUUCGUGGGAAGCUUCAAAAACUAAUAGAGCAUGAUGUAUCCCCUGAAUUUAUUUUCAAUACCCUACUUGAUGAGCUGAAGAAGCAUUUGGAUGAGUUUUGCCAGGGCCAACUCGACCUCCUGUACAAGGAUUACAAUAGAAAAGAUGGGAACAUGUUAGAAGCUGAAAAUCAACUGCGAUUUCCACACAGUCGACAUGAGGAAGCAGGUAAAAGGUUUCAUGAUCCUGCAAAAAAGAAAUUCCACCAAUUCAUGAAAAUUGAAGAGUUCAUAGCAAAAUUUAUGAGCUUGUACAAGUUACAUAUCACUACUAGCAAAAGGAUGCAAUAUGGACGAUAGUGGAACAUGAAGGAGCUUCUCUUAAAUUCAUAUCUAAAGUAAGAUCUGUGCCUGCAGACUAGCAUAGCUGUUAUUUUCUGUACAAAUUGUGUUACUUCCUUUUUAAUAUAAAAAGGAAAAAGAAGAAAUUAUAGGACAAAGAAAAACCAGAAGCUUUAAAUGAUGGGUUUGAACAAUAUACUUCAAAG